AGAACACAUUGGAACACUGACCAAGAGAUUACCAGACAAGUAUGAAGUCCUACCUGCUUUAUUUGGAGAUGGCUAUGGUCUUCUUCUCCCUGAUCCUGCCUACCAUGGCGUUCUCCCGUGGUGCCGGUCCAGCUUCCUGUAUGAGGAUGAAUCCCGGCCACAUCCAAGCCCAACCCCAAGACCCUCAGAAGAGCCAUGUUACCAUUCGCACCUCGGUGCGCUCAUACCUGCCUGGACAGCUCAUCACAGUGACCGUCCGAAGCUCCCGGGACUUCAUGGGAUUCCUGCUCCAAGCCCGCGGUGGUCAAGAUGCUAAAGUCUUAGAAGAAAAACAAGGCAGGGCAGGGUCACCUGUAGGGGGUCCGGUCCUGGUGGGAGGCUCCUGGACCCUGACUCCGCCCGGGACACACACGCUGCGCUGCCUCUCGGAAGGCGACACGCUCACUCACUCGGACAAACAGCUGAAGAGAAACCUGUCGUUUGUGUGGAGGGCUCCCGAUGCACCCGUGGGAGACAUCCGCUUCUAUAUCACAGUGGUUCAGUCGUACUUUGUCUACUGGGCGGGGAUUAAGUCUGCAAUGGUGCGUGACGGGAGUCUUUGGACUGGAGGCAAUGCAAGCAGAGAUGAGACAAGAAGACUUCAUGAGUACAAGAUUACUGCUGUCACAGCUAAUGAGACCCCCAGGCCUUCCCUCAGACCUCCAACAGAAACACAAAGUUCUGCAUCCAAAGAUGUCUGGAGCAGCACUGUGCCUCGAGGAGCUUUCAAGGGGAACCACCUGAGCCGUGGGAUCAGUGAAUGGAACAAUGCAGUACAAGAAAAUUCUUCAAGAAGUCUUUCAGGAGACAAGCAUGCAAAAUUAGGCUCCACACCAGCAAGAGAGUCAGGCAGCAGUACAGGAAGCCCUGUUACUUUGAAGGACCCCCGUUCGUUGCUUUACUUAUUGGACCAGCUUCCUUUCAUAACCUCCUUCUCACCAAAUGUAGAAAACUUUUCCACUUCAUCUCCUCCUGUACUGCCUGACUCCAUCCAUAAUUUGAAGGAUAGGACAGUAUCUACAGACAUCAAAACAAAGACUUUGACAGUGAAUCCACUAAAGCUUUCAAAGCAUCACACUUUCCUCCUCACCAGCCCCUCAAUACCAAAAUCUCGUUUUUUUGCGUCUGAUACACAAGGUAGCUCAUCUUUACCAGAAAAGGCGGGUCUAUCCACAUCGCAGACAUCUGACCUAACGGGACAUGAGAAGUCCCAAACGUUAAGAGCGAUGCCCCUCUCAAACAUUGGCAUACGUACAGCAUUUUCAACCCAAAAAGUUUCCCAUUCAAGAUCAAUUUUACCAAACCCUCUUCAGUCUCUUUUCAUGUUUCGUUCAAACACCACAGACAAACCAAGUCCACAGAGUCCUCAAACGCUGCUGGAAAUGGUCUUACCCCAAAGUCAGAGACAAGUUAGCCCCAGCCCAAAAUAUCCUGUCUUGUCAGAAAAAUUAGCUGACCCCCAGGCGAGGCCCCAAUCCCCCCAAACUGUGACAUCCUAUACUCGUUGGUGGAUGCAAUCACAAGGCUUAGUGCCGACUGGAAAAUUAAAUACUUUGCACUUCAAAACAAAUGCAGACGUGCACAAAGAUGCCCACAUUUCUUCGUCCACAUCUGGAAAAUCUGUAAGUCCAAACACUUUCUCUGUUUCUUCACUUCCUUCUUCUUCCCUUCAGUCUUCAUUGAGCCUUCAAACAACGGCUCGUAAUCUCUCUCAAGACUUGAGCAAACAUUCAUUUAUUACAAAUUCCUCCAGCCAACAAAAAACUCAUCCUGUUAUUUCCACUCUACCAAACCUUUUUCUCACACCUCCUGAACCGGUCUCUGUCCACAUGUCCUCCAUUUUCCCAACGGUAUCUCACUCAUGGUUUUCCAAUUUUCCAUCUUUUUCGUCCAACUUUCCAUCAUCAGCCCCUUCCUAUUCUCGGUUUCCACUGAAUUCCAUGUCUAGCACCACUAGUUCAGCCUCAUCUUUUACUUCAACCUUCUCCUCUUCGCCCUCAUUCUCUGCCAAACCAUUGCUCCCUUCAACUUCUCUCCCUUCUUCCUCUAUUUCCAGCUCAGUAGGACCCUUAACUUUUAUUUCAGCAACCUCCGUGCAUCUAAGACCUUCGCCGGCUCGGCGUCGCUCCCACUACAACCGUCCUACAGCACCUCUGUCGCUUUCGCCUACCCAUAGACAAAUGUUGCUUAUUGUAUCCACUGACACUGAACUCUUCCACAAUCCAUCAAUGCCAGAUACAUCUGUUGAGUCAGAGCGUAAACCCCAACCAAAGUUCAAACUAAACAUUGGGGAUGAAUUCAAACCAAAGUUACCAAAGACAGCUGCCAAGCUUCCUUCCAAUCCUUCAGAGAUUCCCGGCAAGGGCGGAAAGUAUCCAGAAAUCGUGUCUAGGUAUACUUCCUGGGAGUUGGGGAUGCUGCUGGGCUGUUCGGCUGGCCUGGGCAUGGUUCUGGUGAUAGGCAUACGCUAUGUCUACCGCCAAGCCUGUGGAAAACACACUGAGGUGACAUUGAAUGACCGGGAGAGAGAAUAUGGGAGAGGCGAGAGAGGGAUGAUCCAUGUUCAGGAGUGCGGGGAUUUGGUCAGGGUCCGCAGAAUCCGAGAGAACAGCUUGGUGCUUCUUGCCGAGUAUGACAUAUUGGCAUCGCCUGGAGACUGAGGGACCACCACACUUCUGAGGAUAGUUACAUAUCAUCUAGCAACACUGAGGCUACUGAGUAGCUAGCGUGGUAUUCUAUCCUCUUUGGUGGAUUGUCAUAUAGAUGCAUUAAACAAUAAAGUAUAAAUUAGAAAUAUAUGCUGU